ACCAUUCCCAGCUAGUCCUCCUCGCCCUCUCCCUCUGCCUCCCUCUUUCUCUCCUUCUCUUCUUGUCUCACCCCCUUGUCUGCAAAGUCUUCCGCUGCUCGGAACUUGUUGGCAAUGCCUAUUUUUCAGCUUUCCCCCACGUUCUCCCAAGUAACUAUUUAAAGAUCUGCAUCCGCAAAUGGUUUUACUAAAUGUAGGAUGGGACUUAAGUUGAACGGCAGAUAUAUUUCUCUGAUCCUUGCUGUACAGAUAGCGUACCUGGUGCAGGCGGUGAGAGCGGCGGGGCGGUGCGAUGCGGUCUUUAGGGGCUUCUCGAACUGUUUGCUGCGGCUGGGCGAUAACAUGGCCAACUACCCGCAGGACCUGGACGACAAGAGAAAUCUCCAAACGAUCUGCGCGUACUGGGAUGAUUUCCACGCCUGCACCCUCACAGCGCUCACCGAUUGCCAGGAAGGAGCGACAGACCUCUGGGAGAAACUGAGACGGGAAUCCAAAAACCUCGAUUUCCAAGGCAGCUUGUUUGAACUGUGCGGAGGCGGCAGCGGAGCGGCACCGUCCCUUCUCCCGCCGGCCUUGCCCCUGCUCCUGGCGGCUCUGUGGGCUGCCCUAGUGACCUGGCUGCCUUUCUAGGGGGGCGAGCACACUCACACCUACACCCUCUCCAUGUGCUGGAUCUAUAGAGGAAGUGUCCAUCCGUUGCUUUGGGGACGUUGUGCUUUUCUGUGGUUGAUGAUGAUGAUGGUGGUGGUGGUGGCUGAUGAUGGUGAAACACCCAUGUAGGACUGUGGAAGCGUUCUCCCUUUAUUUUUUUGUGUUUUAUUUGCCAAAUGUUACCAAACAGGCAGCGGCGUGCAGCCCAAAUCGGACCUCAGCUUUACUAUCGCUUCGAAUCAAAAAUAGAAAAAAAUAAAAGUCGAAACUCGAGCCCUCGUUGUGCAGAAGCAAUCUCAGGAACGGCUCUGGGCCACCUAAUGCUAAGGUUGUAAUCGGCCGGGAUACCUCCCGGCGAGCCACGGGCUCCUUAAAAAUGUGGCAAUGGGCGAGGCGAGAACAAAAUCGCAGGCAAAAAAAAAGGCACUGGCGAUGAAUCCAAGGUAGAUGUCCACGAGUGAAGCAUAUGGUGAAUAAUUCACAAUCUCUCAUCUUUCCUCCACAGUCGCUUGUUUUUUGGUCAUUCCACUGCAAAAAAAAAAAAAAAAAAAAAAAAAAAAGAAAAAAAAAUAAAAAAAAUUAAAAGAGCAUUUUUCCUCGAGUGGAAAAAAGAGCGAGCGAGCAAGAGAGAGAGAGGGAAACGAACAGUUAAGAAAGGAAGGAAAGAAGCGAAGAACGAAAGAAAGAGAUUUGGCUAAAUGCCUGGUGGAGUGAAGGAAUGCUGCUAGCAAAUCUUUGAGAGUUUACCUUUACUUGCUGUUCGAAGGCAUCUUUCCGAAUUCACUGCCUUUAAUUUUUUCUUCCUCUUUGUUUUAGAUGUUACACAUACCAGUAAAAUACCUGAAUAUCCAACCGUAGAGAUCACAAAAAGGGGGCUUAAAUGUAAACUUAAAGAAAAACAAAAAAACAAAACCAAAAUAAAACAAAACAACAAUAGCAAAAUGAUUUUGAAAAAAGAGCCUUGAUUUUAAAGAGAAGAAAAAUGUAAUUUAAACAAAAGUUUAUUAUAAAGUCAAUUCAGCAAAAAAAUAACAAAAAAAGAUUUGCUACAAAGUAUAGACAGAAGUAUAAAAUAAAAAUUAUUGUUUGAA